UCUCAGUCAGUAUCUGAUGAGUUUAGUCUUUGGGCUUAGUGGUGGAGAAGGUAAAAACUAGCAAUGGAUGACCAAGGUGUUCAUCAUUCUAGCCAAAGUGACCAACAUUCUCCCUCUGUCAUUCCAAUUGGACUUGAAGUGGUUUACUCAGCAUGUCGGAAAGUAUAUCCAGAACAAAUUAAUCCCCUUCAAGUCACAGCUGUUGUGAAAUACUGGCUAAAUGGGCCAGACCCACUUGACUACAUCAGCAUGUACAGGAAUGACGGCAAUGAAGAUAAGGGAAUACCACCACACUGGCACUACGUUAGCUUUGGUCUUUCUGACCUUCAUGGUGAUGGUAGAGUACACGAAUACACAGGGCCAGAUGGGCCAAGUGGAUUUGGAUUUGAACUGACAUUCAGAUUAAAGAAAGAACCAACAGAAACAGCUCCACCAACCUGGCCAGCAGAACUCAUGCAGAGCUUGGCACGCUAUGUUUUCCAAUCAGAAAAUACAUUGUGCAGUGGAGACCAUGUUUCAUGGCAUAAUCCAUUAGAUAAUAGUGAGUCCAGGAUUCAACACAUGCUGAUGACUGAAGACCCUCAGCUUCCUUCUAUCUCUACUCCAUUGGGCUAUGUUAACUUCGUCCAGGUUGUUGGAGUUUGUAAUGAGGAGUUGCAGGCUGCACAGAGGUGGAAUGGACCAGCUGUGAUUGAACUGUUAAGGACUAUACCAUUAGCUGGGGGCAUAUGGCUUGUAACUGAUAUGAGAAGAGGUGAAACAAUAUUUGAGCUGGAUCCUCAGUUACAGGAACAGGUUGAGCGAGGUAUCAAUAAUGAGGGUUCAAACCUUAGUGGCGUCAGUGCUAAAUGUUCAUGGGAUUGCCCUAGAAGAGAUUUAUACGAGUUGGAACCCUCCAGUCCAAGGAUCACUAAAUUACAAUCAGAACAGAUAAAAACAGCUUUGAAAAUGGGUCUGGCAUCUGAGAAAUCACCACUUCCACCAAUUCAAUCAAAACAAGAAAUGGAACACAACUCUGGAUUCAAACACGAACGAGAUAGAGGACGUAUAAAACAUGGACGUCAUUUUACAUUUAAAGGUGUUGGAGGGGACACUGCAAUAACACUAGUUUCACCAAGGGUAGAGGGUGCCUUUGUUGAUGAAACAAAUGCAUAUGCUGCCAAAGGGCCAUGGUUACAGGUUCUUAUUGAUGAUAUAUUUGUUGAACAACUCAUAAAAGAUUUGGCAGAGCUGGCCAUAGAUCCUCCUGUUGAACUGCCUAAAGAAUAUGACUGGCCAGAAAGGGGUUUGCACAUUUCAAUCCUUCCUGAAGAAUCUCUUAGCUGAAAGUUUUAAAGAAUAAUGGUAACAUACAUCUCAUCAUUCACACACACCAAAGCAAGUUUAGUCUUGUACGCAUGCAUGCGUUUACAGCACAAGUCAUACAAUAUACAUACACAUGCACAAAAAUACUUACUUCUUGUACUUUUUUGAGAUACAAAGACAUCAACAUUUCUUAAGAUUUUAAAUUGAGAAUAUGUUUGUAUGCUAUCAGUGAUUACUAUUGUACUGUGUGUGCUUUUUUCAUACUCAUUGUAAUAAACUUAAAAAAUAUUAUCCCGUCCAUUAUUUAAAUUCUACAUAAUAGUUAAUUUAUUUUAAUUCUUUUUUUGUGUAUGUAUGGCACUAUGUAAAUGCUUACAGGAAGGGUGAAUAGUUAUGCAGUGGGAAUUUGAGGGGCCCCUAAAUUUUAAAAAAAGGAGAAAACAGGAAAAUUAUUCACAAAUAUAAGUCUGAGAGUGCCAUUUCUGGCCACUUAGAGGUGGCAUUAAUCAAAAAUGAUCUUACCUCUGCCUUAACCAUGGUGGGGCUGAGGUAGUGUAGAUCCUCCAUCUGUGAAUGUUCUUCCCUGGGCCCCCCUAUAUUUCAAAUGCCUGGAUAACCACUGGUAAGUUGGGGUGGGGGGGGGGGGAAGUUUAUAUUUAAAAAAAACUUGAACAGUAUAAAAUAUUUUUCAAAACCUUGCAUUUUCAAAUUUUAUUAAAAAUAUGGUAUCUUUGUUCAGCUAAAAAACAUGGAAAAAUGUAAUAUUUAAAGUGCAUUAAGUUACUAGAUUUAAUUGGAAAAUUUGAAUACAUACAUUAUUCAAUUAAUGGAUGUAUGAUUAAUACUAACAUACUUGUUUUGCAUAGGCUUUUAGAUAGACUGGUAAUAGAUUUAAGGAUUUUUGCAAGGGUCCCAUGUCUCCCAUAAGCAAGCAAGAGUCCUGGAAAAUAACCCAUCCCACAAAUUUGUAACAUUUGCAUGUACUUUAUUAUCAAUUGUCUCAUGGAGGUCAAUGCAGAUGGAUAUCACCAUCUGCAGCGAAAUGAAAUUAGGUGUGUUAAGAAAGCACAUUUAGUUAUCAUUCACAAUUAUCAACAUUUUCACAAGUGUACAAACAGUACUCUAUCGGUACACCUCUUCCCCACCCCCUUCCGAAGUGUACAAAAAAAUGUAGAUUUUGCAAAACCAUUCUCCAUUUUUUUGUGUAGUCAACUAAAGCAACGUACUUUGUUGCUUAAAAAUGAAUAUUAUAUCCAUCGGUACAUAAUAAAGAGAAAAAAACAAUCAUGGUUACAUUAUAAUUUUAGCAUUAUUUUACAUAUUGCAUGUUAUUUUGAAUCAACAUUUUUUAUGCAUAUGGAAGAGUGUACAAAUUUGUCUACCCCCUCCGCCCUAGCAUACUCUUUGUUCACUUGUGAAAAUGUUGAUAAUGUUGAACGA